GAAGUUGGACAAUCUGAGAUAUUGACCAUGUCUAUUAUGGAUCAUAGCCCCACCACUGGAGUGGUGACUGUUAUUGUUAUUUUGAUUGCUAUUGCGGCUCUUGGUGCCUUGAUACUGGGCUGCUGGUGUUACCUGCGUCUGCAGAGGAUCAGCCAGUCUGAAGAUGAGGAAAGCAUUGUGGGCGAAGGGGAAACCAAAGAGCCCUUUCUUCUGGUGCAGUACUCAGCUAAAGGACCUUGUGUAGAGAGGAAAGCUAAGCUAACUCCAAAUGGCACAGAAGUGCAUAGUUAACUUGGUGCAACACAUGUAUAUGGACUAUGUUUACAUGUAACCAGCAGGAGGAUCUCUAUACUGUGAAGAACCUGGUCACAUGCACACUACUCAUCAGAAAACACCCUGAUGAGGAUUAAAUAAGCUUUGUUUGUGGCUGCAUGCACUGAGAAGUUCCACUUUGCAUUGACUGUGUAUCCUAAUUUCUCUAUGACAGGAGCUGACUCUCACCUGGCAUAAUGUCCAUUGCUGGCAAUGGACACAGGCAUAUAUUGGUGUGAAGAGACUACUAGUGUUUUUUGUUACUUGAAUGUUUAGCUGAGCCUAUUUUGAUGGAGCUACUACUGUAAUGUGAACUACUUUACAACUGUGAACUGUAAAUAGGCUGCCAGAAGCUUUUUGCUUUGUGUUCCACAGCAUAU